UUAUAGUUUUAGAUCAAAUUUGAGUAGAAGUUGUAGGAGCCGGCUUUGUAAAAUGUCACAAGUUGAGGUUAGUACGUUUGGUUUAUUAUUGUCGGGAAAUGGUGUCAGUAAGUAUAACAUGGAUAAACCCAGUCAAAUAAUAAUAAGCCCUCUUUAGAUUCCUAUAAUAAUCGCCAACAAAAUCGGCCUUCUUGCUGGACUGAGUUUUGGUUGGAUGCAGCACCACAUCAACAACCCUUUGGACCAAUUAAAUUGCCUCUCAUUAAUCAGGGGGACAAUUGAUCAACCGCUGAUACCUGGACUACCAGAUGAUUUGGCAUUGAGAUGUCUAGCAAAGAUAUCACAUGGAUAUCAUGGUACUCUUGAAACAGUAUGUAGAGGAUGGAGGAAGCUAUUCCGCAGUGCAGAAUAUUCCAAUUACAAAGCUAGAGAAGGAUGGUCUGAAAACUGGUUGUUUGUUCUGGCCGGAGAAUCUAAGAAUCAAUGGGUUGCUUAUGAUCCUGAAGCUGAUAGGUGGCACCCUCUGCCUAGAAUACCCACGAGCCACCCUGACCAAGAGCACCUUGGUUUCUCAUGUGUCUGUGUCUUGAAUAAAUUUCUUCUGAUUGGCGGCACAUAUGGAACACGUGAUCCAGUAUUUCCCCAUCAAGGAGCCGUGACGACAAAUGAAGUUUUCCAAUUUGACCCUUUCAGAAAAGAGUGGAGAAAAGUUGCAAGUAUGAGAACACCGCGUUCUCACUUCGCCUGCAGUGUUGUCUCUGGUAAGGUUUAUGUAGCUGGAGGGCGCAACACAUCAUUGAUUGAAGGGCUUGCUCUUGCUGAAGUUUAUAAUCCACUGACAGACAAGUGGGAAGACCUACCACCCCUGCCAAGUCCCCAGACGGAUUGUGUAGGCCUACCAUACGAUGGUAAAUUCUAUGUUCUAACGGACCUUGUUGGGCUACUAGAGCAGGAGACAUCUAUUGUUUUUGAUCCAUCUGAUGAAACAUGGCUGCGUGUAGAUGAUAUUUGGCCGUUUUCAAGGGCUUUGCAUUUGGGAAUUCAGGUGCUUGAUGGUGGUCAUAUAUGCACUGUUGUUGAUUGGGGUGGGAGUUCCAUUGAAACUAGGGAUGUGGAUGACAGGGAGUGGCAUCAUAGAGGUUUGGUACCUCCUGUGAUUCUACCUGACCAUCCCCGGCCUCUAGAGGUCUUUGAUUAUGGAUUUGUUGCACUGAGAAAUGAAAUUUAUGUUUUGGGAGGAAGAGUUCUGCGAUGGGAGGAAGCCGGGACCGGGAUGUUUAACAUUGUGAAGCUGCGCACAGUUAGGGUGUGCAACCCACUGAGUUUACCUUUACAGUGGAGGGAGAUCAGACCAAUGUGUGAGCCUGCAUUUGGCUCCAUAAUAGGUUGUGCGUCAAUGGAAACAAGAUCUUUGUGAUUUAAGGUUCUGUUUCCUAUGUGCUGAUGCCAUUUCUUUUAAUUGUGAUGUAACAAUGACAAUUACAUUGCUACCUUGCUGUAAUGGUCGACUACGAAAGGUAUUUCCAAUUGGAUUAUCAUUCGUGCAAUUAAAUGCUGAAUAGGGUGAGUAAAUUGGGUCUAAAACAUUAAGGAAAAGCUGCUGGAAUAGAGUCAAAUUUUGCAACAAUUGACAGUUCCAGGGAAGAUUAUUCCAACAGCGUCAGUUAUAGAAAAAGUUCCAUUCCAA